AUGUUGUUAAAAGUACCAUCUGUUGAUUGGACGGAUCAAAUAGUUUACGUGGUGGACGACGACGAAUCACUGUCUGACUUUGACGAUGAGCCAGAUUUCUCAGAAUAUAUGUGGAUGGAGAACGAGGAGGAAUUCGACAAGAACGAAUUGCAACGUCUGGAGGAAGAGGAAAUUAUGCAAGAGUGCUUUGAGGCCAUGAUCGAGGAUGAGCUUGAAGAGCAAAUCAAUGAAUGGGAAAAGGCAAAAACGGAAGAACAAAAUACAGCCCUAUCUGCGCUACCAAAGAGUCAAUGUAAUGUUGAGAAAUCUGUACUAAAUCCUAUGGCUGACGAAUUUGUACCACUCUGCCAUCAAAUGGAUUUUAUAGCCUCGUAAGCCCGGCCCCAAUAGUCUGAACUAUAUAACCUCACACAUCAGCGCUUUCAGAUAAGCGUCUGAAAAGUGACAUACCGAGGAUAUUCCAACAUCCCAUGCAAUACCUUGAUAAACGUUUAUAUAUGAUAUUCACCUCCCAUGUCUUACCAAAAAAACACAAAAAAAAAAAAAACAAGCCAUUUUUCAAACAGGCAACAUGUCAAAAAGUAAAAAAGAAUAUAUAAAACAAAAUUGAAGAAAUCUACGCGCACAUACACACACACGUUAUGAUAUGUACAUUAACCAACUCAACCGAAAUGCAAACGAAUACCAUAAACAAAAAAAAAACUUAAAUUGAUACAACCAAAAAAAAAAAACAAAAAAAAAAACAAAUGAAAAAGAAAAAGAAACAAAAAUACAAUAUAUAUACAUAAACAAGUAAAAAUGGAGUAAAGCCCGUUAACUUAGAAUACUACGAGCAUCAAAUUUCGCGUUUAACAAGAAAAUGUUUGCUAUCUCGAGCCAAUUAUAGACGUGUCGUGCUUAAGCUAGUGAAACUUUCGUAUAAACAUACAAACAAAUGACUUUUUUACACAAAACUAACUGUGAAUUGCAACAUCUAUUUAGAAACCUAAAAUUAUUAUACUUAUAUAUAAAUUUCCAGCAAAAGCAAAUGUAACAACUACAAGACUCAAUUGUGUUUAAAUACCAACCCGAAUAUUUAGCCGUCACUUUGAUUAAUUGAAAUUCUUUUUAAAGACUUUAAUUGUAAUUAAUUUAAUGCAAAAGCUCACGACCUAAACUCGCUUUAAGUUUAUUGUUUAUUGGCCUCUACUUUUUUUUCUUCAUUAAAUAAUUGUUAACUCGUUAUACGUUCUGUCUAUAUUACAAAAUAGCGACUUUACCUCCCUUUAACUCGCAUACUAGUAAUUUGCAGUUGUAAAUAAGUAACAAAACUUAAAGAAACAAAAAUACUAAGAUAAUUUGAUGUACGUACUAAUGUUUAAUGACAUAUAUAUACAUAUAUAUACGUAUAUGAAUGUGUAUAUGUAUAUCUAGUAUUAAUCUAAUGCGCUGCAAUACAUAUAUUUUUCGUAAAAGUUUAAGUCUAAAUUAAUUUUUGUCAAUUUGCACUAAACGCAAAUGCAGAAAAAGUACACAAAUUUAAUUGAAAUUCUACUUUUACUUCUGUUUUCGGAUGUAGAAAUAAAUAGUUUUUGGUUAGUUAUAGAUAGUAAGGACAGCAUUAAAAAGAUCUUAUUUACGUUAUGUGUGAUAUAAAGAUAAAAAAAAAACC